AUGAACGGCGAGGAGCAGUACUACGCGGCCACCCAGAUUUACAAGGACCCGUGUGCGUUCCAGAGGGGCCCGGUGCCAGAGUUCAGCGCCAACCCCCCAGCGUGCCUGUACAUGGGCCGCCAGCCCCCACCUCCGCCGCCACCCCAGUUCGCAGGCACACUGGGAGCACUGGAUCAGGGAAGCCCCCCGGACAUCUCCCCAUACGAAGUGCCCCCCCUCGCCGACGACCCUGCAGUGGCGCAGCUUCACCACCACCUCCCAGCUCAGCUGACGCUUGCCCACCCGCCCGCCGGGCCCUUUCCGAAUGGAACCGAGCCAGGGGGGUUGGAAGAGCCCAGCCGCGUUCAGCUACCUUUUCCGUGGAUGAAGUCCACCAAAGCUCAUGCGUGGAAAGGCCAGUGGGCAGGCGGCGCGUACCCGGCGGAGCCGGAGGAGAACAAGAGGACCCGCACAGCCUACACGCGGGCACAGCUGCUGGAGCUGGAGAAGGAAUUCCUUUUCAACAAGUACAUCUCUCGGCCGCGCAGGGUGGAGCUGGCAGUCAUGCUGAACUUGACUGAGAGACACAUCAAGAUCUGGUUCCAAAACCGCCGCAUGAAGUGGAAAAAGGAGGAGGACAAGAAGCGCGGAAGCGGGACUGCGACCGGGGUUGGCGGGGGCGAGGAACCUGAGCAGGAUUGCUCAGUGACAUCGGGUGAGGAGCUGCUGGCGCUGCUGCCGCCACCACCUCCCGGCGGUGCCGUGCCACCCGGCGUCCCCGCCGCUGCCAGAGAGGGUCGCCUGCCUCCCGGCCUUAGCGCGUCGCCGCAGCCCUCCAGCGUAGCGCCCCUGCGGCCGCAGGAACCUCGGUGA